AUGUCUGGCGAUCGUGAAAGCAAGACCUUCCUCGCUCGCCUUUGCGAGCAGGCCGAGCGCUACGAUGAGAUGGUCGGCUACAUGAAGGAGGUCGCCAAGUUGGGCGGUGAGCUGAGCGUCGACGAGCGCAACCUCCUCAGCGUUGCCUACAAGAACGUCGUCGGUACUCGUCGUGCCUCGUGGCGCAUCAUCUCCUCCAUUGAGCAGAAGGAGGAGAGCAAGGGCUCCGACAAGCACGUCGGCACCAUCCGCGAGUACCGCACCAAGAUCGAGACCGAGCUCGAGCAGGUUUGCCAGGAUGUCCUCGACGUUCUCGACGACAGCCUCAUCCCCAACGCCCAGACCGGCGAGUCCAAGGUCUUUUACCACAAGAUGAAGGGUGACUACCACCGUUACCUUGCCGAGUUUGCCUCUGGUGAGAAGCGCAAGGGUGCUGCCACCGCCGCCCACGAGGCUUACAAGAGUGCCACCGACGUUGCUCAGACUGAGCUGACCCCCACCCACCCUAUCCGCCUCGGUCUGGCCCUUAACUUCUCCGUCUUCUACUAUGAGAUCCUGAACUCGCCCGACCGCGCCUGCCACCUUGCCAAGCAGGCUUUCGACGAUGCCAUUGCCGAGCUGGACUCCCUCUCCGAGGAGUCUUACCGCGACAGCACCCUCAUCAUGCAGCUCCUGCGUGACAACCUUACUCUCUGGACCUCUUCCGACAGCGGUGACGCUGAGGGUGCCGCUGCUGGCACUGCCGAGGCCUCUGAGGAGAAGAAGGACGAGGCCAAGCCCGAGGAGCCCAAGGCUACCGAGGAGACUCCUGCCGCCUCCUAA